AGUCCGACGAUGGCUCCAUGAGCUUUGUGAAAGCGAAGUGGUUCUGUAACGGUUGAGAGGAGAAGCAGAUCACGUGUUGUUGGCGGUGGUCUGGUGCCACUUCCUCAUGUUGUUGAGCACCUCUUACCUCAGCUGCAUCACAAAGACGUCAUCAAAACAGACACCGCAGCGAGCCUUGGAGAGCAAAGAUACGAACACAAGAACAACACAAUACACUCAUUAUAACGUACUCCACAAGCGAGCCGGUCACCCAAGCGAGCCGGUCACUUUUGCUAAGACUACACCAACACUGUAACUACUUUGCAAUAUUAUAGCAUAGUUAUAGUAUAAGAUGCAGCUUU